CAAGCAUGUGAACAUCCACCUUCACGAGAACUAGAAUCACAACUACCUGUCUCACAGCAGCAGCCACCACAAAUUAAAGUAUCAGGGGUAUGUUUCCAAAAUAUAUUGCGUGUCUCUAUAACCUUUGUUCUGAUGUUAUACAAAGAUAUCUUGUAACAAUACCAUUGCAUGUCAAUUUAUUUUUAUGCAGAAAAAAGGGUUGGGACUUUGUGAUGUAAAGAUGCCUGCAAAAAUGAAAGCCAGAGGAAGACCAAAAGGCAUUGGCCAAACAGCGAUAGGGGUCCCAAAGAAGAGCAAAGAUGCCAAUCUCCCUACACCAUAUGCCAAAAAAUGUCGUGAGGAUAAAACCAGAUGUAAGCAGUUAAUCCAGUUUAGACUAUUCUAUUCAGUCAUGCACUGUACCAUACCUUAUUAUUUUACCCCGUCUAAUGUACCUUAAUUUGUAAAUAGGUUAAAUAUAUUACAACAUGAUCGAUUUCUUUUUUAGUAAUUCUACAUUGGUUUAUUGAUAACCAUACUGCUGAAUCUGCCAUCAGUAAAGAGCAAAUGAUAACAGAAAAAGAGCUGAAAGCAAACAAGGAUAUAUCAUUUGCAUGUUUAGAUGAAAACAUCGAGAUAGCUAGAAUUAAACCAUAUUUUACAGCUGCUGGUUGGUCUGCAGUUCUUAAAUCUGUUAAAGAAUUAAAAAAAACAAAUCAUGUUUUGCUUUACCUGCAAGAAAGAAUUAGAAGGAGAUCAGUUGAGUUGUGA